CAUUUAUCUCAAAAUUCUUGACAUUUUGAGAAUAUUUUAUUCUAUAAUUGGCUGCUGAGUCUUUAAAGUAAUAUAGGAUGAUUGCAAGAACUGUGAAAGUGUUGGUGGUACUGCUGCUGGUAUGUGGGCUACAUGAGACUCGAGCAUACACAACUGGAUUGCACCCACACUUGGCUCACUCAGUUGGAAACAAGGCUGUGGACCCUGCCCUUGCCUUUCUUGUACAACAGUUUUCAUCCAGUGGAACUACACUGACAGUUCAAGAGCUGCAGUGGCUAGUGCAGUGCUAUACAGCAGAGCUACACUGCCCUCCUGACUCUGCAGUCAACCACUGCAGCACAGACAGCAACUCUACGCUUAUUUGCCAUGCCUUCCAAAGAUGUUUGACUGAAUCUGAGCUCGACCAGCUGUAUGAGGACGCACUGCGCACCUCUAGCAACACCACCGUAUCCCACAAGGCGGCCGUUGACUCAUCUGUUGCGGUUGACGGAGCUGAGCUUGAUGGUGGGCUGCUGGCGGUUGUGCUCGCCCAGACUCGUCAGUGCCGCAAAGGACGAGCUGCUGGUUAUGCGGAUGCAGACGAGUCGUCAUACGUGGUGACGGCGAGCGGUAAUGAGUCGUUUACCACCGACUUCCCGGGGAGGAAGAAACCCUCACAGGCUGAGAUCUGGUGCUGGGGUCUGCUGUUCGUGACGCUGAUCUCAGGCUGCUCCCUGGUGGGGGUGUCGGUGCUGCCCUUCAUGGCGCGCCAAAUCUACCAGCAGAUGAUGACGUCACUCAUAGGUCUCGCCGUGGGCUCUCUGGCCGCCAGCGCCGCCUUCCACCUCCUGCCGCAGGUGCUGCGUGCCAUCAGGGCUCUGCCAUUGCUGCUGCAUGGGAACCAUCGCGGCGCGGGCUCAUCUGUCAACCCGUCGCCAUCAGCCACUGGCUUUGUAUAUUGUGGCUCAGAUGGUCGGCCCAGUCCCAGCCACUCCGCCAGUUACUUGCCAGCCGUCAGCCACGUGGCUGACAUGUCCGCUCCUCCCUCUGAGUCAAUCGGUUGCAUUACUGGACAGGAAGAGGGUGGGGCUGCCUUGGCUCCCUCCGCGUCAAGUUGUUGCCUCAAGCCGAGGGCAAACCACUGCCGCUGCUGUGUGCAGCUCGGGGGGAAGCAAAGCGGCCAAGAUGCCGGCUGGCGCUGCCCUGAACCGUUAAUUACUCAGAUACAUCCACCCUGCACCAUAUCGCCGACCUCACUAAACGAUAAAUCUCAGGCGCUGCAUGUUAUAGAUGACAGCGCCCACCCUACUGAAGCUGCCAUUGAUUUGAAGACAUCCACUGGCAGCACAACCACUCCUGCCAGAGGCGUAGGCACAGCUGCCAGAGGUGCGGGUACGCCUGCCAGAGGCACAAGCACGCCUGCCAGAGGCACGACAACCAGUAGCCAUAGCCAGGAUUGCAGCGGCUGCCAGAUGCUCGAUCGGCAAGACGUGGAUCUAAUAUUCGCGUCGCAGCAGCAGGCGAUCAAAGCAUCGUUUGGGCACGAGCAGAAGCCAGCGCCAGACUGCGGUCGCGUGGACGUGCACUACGAGCCUGGCGAGUCUUCGGUGAUCAAGACCGUCGCGUGGAUGAUCAUCGUGGGCGACGGCUUCCAUAACUUCCUGGACGGCGUCAGCAUGGGCGCCGCCUUCUCUGUCUCCUGGACCACGGGCGUCAGCAUCAGCCUCGCCGUCAUGUGCGAGGAGCUGCCUCACGAGCUGGGCGACUUCGCGGUGCUGCUGAACGCUGGCAUGUCGAUGCGCCAGGCGCUCAUGUACAAUUUCCUGUCGGCGACGACCUGCUAUGCGGGGCUCGCCUUGGGCAUCCUGCUCGGGGAGAUCACCAAGGACGCCUCCUUCAUCUUCGCCCUCGCCGCCGGCAUGUUCAUCUACAUCUCCUGCGUGGACAUGGUGCCGGAGCUGAACGAGGUGCUGAACGCGGCGUUCGAGAAGGGCUCGAUGAAGGAGGCCGCGUGGGUGAUGCUCCUGCAGAACAUCGGCCUCCUGUUGGGGGCGUCGCUGCUCUUCCUGCUCGCCUACUACCAGGACAGCAUCAUGCUGGGCUAGCGUCACUAGCAUGCUGGGCUAGCGUCACUAGCAUGCUGGACCAGCGAGACAAGUGUACUGGACUAGCGUGUCUGGCAUGCUGGACCAGCGAGACUAGUGUACUGGACUAGCGUGUCUGGCAUGCUGGACCAGC